AUGAUGGCCGAGGAUGGGGGAAAUCUCUCCGGGGACCCCGAUGCCAGGGGCUCGGAGGGUCGCUCCUCUCUGCCGAGGACUUUCAUCCGGCUCAACGACCUGUCCGGGGUCGGGACAGGAUUCGGGGAGGCGACAGCCGCGGUGGUGGAGCCUGCGUCCACGGCGCCCGACGGGAUCUCCACGGGCGGAGAGGAGGCGUCCGCGAGCGGCGAUGAGCUGCCCUACCCCACCAUGGCCCCCGUUGUCUUCUUCUACCUGAAGCAAACCACGCGGCCUCGGAGCUGGUGCCUCAAGAUGGUGGCAAACCCAUGGUUUGAACGUGCGUCCAUGUUGGUGAUCCUGCUGAACUGUGUGACGCUAGGCAUGUUCCAUCCCUGUGAGGACAGCGACUGCAAAACGGAGAGGUGCAGGAUCCUGCAGGAUUUUGACGACUUCAUCUUUGCGUUCUUCGCCGUUGAGAUGGUGAUCAAGAUGGUGGCUCUGGGGAUUUUUGGCAAGAAUUGUUACCUUGGUGACACAUGGAACCGCUUGGACUUCUUCAUUGUACUGGCUGGGAUGUUGGAGUACUCCCUCAACCUGCAGAGUGUCAGUUUUUCAGCAGUGAGGACGGUUCGGGUGCUGAGACCACUGAGAGCCAUCAACCGAGUGCCAAGUAUGCGUAUCCUGGUGACCCUGCUCCUGGACACCCUGCCUAUGCUGGGCAAUGUGCUGCUGCUCUGCUUCUUCGUCUUCUUCAUAUUUGGCAUUGUGGGCGUCCAGCUGUGGGCCGGCCUGCUCAGAAACCGCUGCUUCGUGGAGGACAACUUCUCCUUCCCUCUGUCUGUGAAGUCGGAGAAGUUACCUGAAUACUACCACACUGAGAAUGACGACGAGAACCCCUUCAUCUGCUCUCAGCGCCGGGAAAAUGGCAUGAGGGACUGCAACUCCGUGCCUAAGCAAUAUGAGGGAGGCCUGCAGUGCAACCUGGACAUGGACUUUUACAACAGCACCGACAACACCACUUGCGUCAACUGGAACCAGUACUACACCAAGUGCACUGCUGGUCAGGUCAACCCUUUCAAGGGAGCCAUCAACUUUGACAACAUCUGCUAUGCCUGGAUCGCCAUCUUUCAGGUGAUCACUCUGGAGGGCUGGGUCGACAUCAUGUACUUUGUGAUGGAUGCUCACUCUUUCUACAACUUUAUCUACUUCAUCCUGCUCAUCAUUAUUGGCUCAUUCUUCAUGAUCAAUCUGUGCCUGGUGGUCAUAGCCACUCAGUUCUCCGAGACCAAGCAGCGGGAGAGCCAGCUGAUGAAGGAGCAGCGGGUGCGCUUCCUGUCUAACGCCAGCACUCUGGCCUCCCUCUCCGAGCCAGGCUCUUGCUAUGAUGAGCUCCUCAAGUACCUGGUUCACGUCAUCCGCAAGGGGGCCAAACAAGUGGCCCAUAUCUGCAGGCUCUUGGCUCGCCGCGCUGGGCUCAACAUAGCCGCCUCGCCCCUAGCCACGGAGCCUCAACGUAGCCAGAGUCGGAGGAGGAGGAAGUCCUCCAGGCAGGGAUCCAUGUCUAUUCAUCACAUGAUGCACCAUCAUCACCACCACCACCACCACUACCACCUGGGAAAUGGCAGCGUGAGGGGAGGAGUGAGCCUCCACUGUAUGGAGGGUAGGGAUGUGGAAGCUGGAGCUCAUAAUAACAACGGAGGGGCUCUUGUUGCAACAACUGGCAGUGGACAUCUUGCUUUGGGGCCACCAUCUACUUUGACAGCAGCCACUUCUGAUUCAAACUUGGCCACUUUGUCCAACCCUGCUGCAGGUGCUGUCGGUUCAGCUUCAGUGUGCAGUGUAUUCAACGUAGAAACUCUUAGCGUUACCCCAUCGCCCACAUUCAUGGGGCCAACUCCGUGCUCCUUCACCCUGGCCCCCGCUCCUGCAUCAAGGGCCAUGAAAAGGAACUCCGUUCCAUUCGCUGCGCCAGGUCCUAAAAACUAUCCCACCCUACAGGCCCGGGCCCUAGCAGAGUCCAGACGAGGAAGUCUUGCAGCCAGCACUCUGACAAACAUCAGCUUCAACCUCAAUAUCCCACCCAUGCCCCUGGGGAGACGGCCAUCGACCCUGGUGGACACACACAACCCCACAGCCCAGCUCUCCUGCCAGCUGUCGGCUCGUGACCUCAGCACCACCAGCAGCACCAUGGACACCGCCGCUUGGACAUUGGACCCCGAGAGCUGCCCCUACUGCGCCAAGGCCCUGGCCAACGAAUCUGAGGGCGGCAUCGACACACAGGGCGACUCGGACAGCGAGGGCGUCUACGAGUUCUCCCAGGACCUCCACCUCAGGGACAGGAGAGACAGCCGUCGGCCCAAGAAGAAGCAAUGCAGCCUGGGCAAAACAGCGGGGAAGGUCGUCCACUUCUGGAGGCUGGUGUGUGACACGUUCAGGAAGAUCGUGGACAGCAAGUAUUUCGGACGUGGGAUUAUGAUCGCCAUUCUGAUCAACACUCUGAGCAUGGGGAUCGAGUACCACGAGCAGCCUGAUGAGUUGACCAAUGCUUUGGAGAUCAGCAACAUCGUGUUCACCAGCCUCUUCGCUCUGGAGAUGCUGUUGAAGGUUUUGGUCUAUGGGCCCUUUGGCUACAUCAAGAACCCCUACAAUAUCUUUGAUGGUAUCAUCGUGGUCAUCAGUGUGUGGGAGAUUGUGGGUCAGCAGGGUGGCGGCCUGUCGGUGCUGAGGACGUUCCGGCUGAUGCGGGUGCUGAAGCUGGUGCGCUUCAUGCCGGCCCUGCAGAGGCAGCUGGUGGUGCUGAUGAAGACUAUGGACAACGUGGCCACCUUCUGCAUGCUGCUCAUGCUCUUCAUCUUCAUUUUCAGUAUCCUGGGGAUGCAUCUGUUUGGUUGUAGGUUUGGGUCAGAGAGCGAGGAGGACACUCUGCCGGACAGGAAGAACUUUGAUUCUCUUCUCUGGGCCAUAGUAACGGUCUUCCAGAUCCUCACGCAGGAGGACUGGAACAAGGUGUUGUAUAACGGCAUGGCCUCCACGUCUCCAGUGGCUGCCCUCUACUUCAUCGCACUCAUGACCUUUGGAAACUACGUCCUCUUCAACUUACUGGUGGCCAUCCUGGUCGAGGGCUUCCAGACGGAGGAACCGCCCAAGCUGGACGACUUGCAUGUCCGGCCGAGCCUCAUUCCUCUGCCUGUAGACUCGGGGGGAGAUUCCCAGCCGGGUUCAGAGAUCGGUUCCAUCGCACGUUUGGAGGAUGUGAACGACAGCAAGAGGGAUUCAUCGGCUUCUGCAGUGGUGCCUGUCAAUGGUCAUGUGGACCUGAAGACCAGCCUGACUCCACCUCUUAUUACUCACACGGCCGCCACCCCCAUGCCCAUACCCAAGUUGCCAGUCGGAGGUGAUCCCAUCCUGGGGUACGAGGCCCGUCGGGGCAGCAAUGUCUCCGUAGACCCAGCCUGCUAUGACAAAUCACCGACCAGUGCCCGCAGUGCUUCGCCUCACGCCCCGUGGACCGCCGGCAGCGGCUGGACAAGCCGCCGAUCCAGCUGGAACAGCCUGGGCCGCGCCCCGUCGCUCAAACGGCAGAAGCGGCAGUCCGGGGAGCACCGCUCGCUCCUCUCCGGGGAGGGCGGCUCCAGCUCGGAGGAUGGCGAGGGUGGAGGGGAAGGUGGAGGUGGGAUGAUGGAGGAUGACAACACCUCCCUGGCCAGAACGGACUCCAUGUCGCAGAGAGGUCCCCGACAUCGGAGGAUGGAGUCGGUGGAGACUCGGAGCUCCAUGGAUCUGCCACCUGAUGCUCUGCUGCAGGUGCCCUUCCUGUACCGCUCAGCAAGCAUGCACAGCUCCAGACCCCCCUCACUGGGCGCCCUGCGGCCCUCAGAGCACAACGACUGCAACGGAAAGGGCUCUCUGACCGCCCUGGGCCCGACACAUGUCUCGCUGGAGGAGAACACAGAAGAUGAUAACGCAGAGGAGGAACCCAACCUGGGUCGUUUUGCCAGAUUGUUCCUCUGGCUGGAGAAGAAGCAGCCCGAGUGGUGUCGACAGAGAGACACCUGGUCACUCUACCUCUUCCCUCCAGAGUCCAGGUUUCGGAUCCUGUGCAAAAGGUUCAUCAGCCACAAGAUGUUUGACCACGUCGUGCUGCUCAUUAUCUUCCUCAACUGCAUCACCAUUGCAAUGGAGAGGCCUCGCAUCGAACCCUCCAGUGCUGAGCGGAUCUUCCUCACAUUGUCCAACUACAUCUUCACGGCGAUCUUUAUAACUGAGAUGACAGUGAAGAUCGUAGCUUUGGGCUGGUGUUUCGGGGACAAGUCCUAUCUGAGGAGCAGCUGGAACCUUCUCGACGGGAUGCUGGUAAUGAUUUCUGUCAUCGACAUCCUGGUGUCCCUCAUUUCCAACUCGGGCACCAAGAUCCUGGGCAUGCUCAGAGUGCUGAGGCUGCUGAGGACCCUGCGGCCGCUACGAGUGAUCAGCAGAGCCCCAGGGCUGAAGCUGGUGGUGGAGACUCUGAUGUCGUCACUGAAGCCCAUCGGAAACAUUGUUGUCAUCUGCUGCGCCUUCUUCAUCAUCUUUGGCAUCUUGGGAGUACAGCUCUUCAAAGGGAAGUUCUUCUUUUGUCAAGGACUAGAACUUCAAGUAAGGAACAUCACCAACAAGUCAGACUGUGUGCAGAACAGCUACAAAUGGGUCAGACACAAGUACAACUUUGACAACCUGGGACAGGCCUUAAUGUCUCUAUUUGUUCUGGCGUCAAAAGACGGCUGGGUGGACAUUAUGUAUAAUGGACUGGAUGCUGUAGGAGUGGACAAACAGCCAGAAUUGAACCACAACCCAUGGAUGCUGCUUUAUUUCAUCUCUUUCCUGUUGAUUGUGGCUUUCUUCGUGCUCAACAUGUUCGUGGGCGUGGUGGUGGAGAACUUCCACAAGUGCCGGCGCCACCAAGAGGCUGAGGAGGCCAAGCUCAGGGAGGCGAAGAGACUGAAACGCAGGGAGAAAAAGAGACGGAAAGCUCAGAGUAAGCCUUACUACUCGGACUACUCCCCCACCCGACUGCUCAUCCACAAGAUGUGCACCAGCCACUACCUGGACCUGUUCAUCACCAUUGUCAUCGGGCUCAACGUCAUCACCAUGUCCAUGGAGCACUACCAUCAGCCCCAGGAGUUGGACGAGGCAUUGAAGAUCUGCAACUACAUUUUCACCCUCAUCUUUGUCCUGGAGGCCGUCUUAAAGCUGGUGGCUUUUGGUUUCCGACGCUUCUUCAAGGAGAGGUGGAACCAGCUGGACUUGGCCAUCGUGCUGCUGUCCAUCAUGGGCAUCACUCUGGAGGAGAUUGAGGUCAACGCCUCGCUGCCCAUCAACCCCACCAUUAUCCGCAUCAUGAGAGUGCUGAGGAUCGCACGAGUUUUGAAGCUCUUGAAGAUGGCGGUGGGGAUGAGAGCUUUGCUGGACACGGUUAUGCAAGCCCUGCCUCAGGUGGGGAAUCUGGGUCUUCUCUUCAUGCUUCUCUUCUUUAUCUAUGCAGCACUGGGAGUGGAGCUGUUUGGUGACUUGAUUUGUGAUGAGCUCCACCCAUGUGAGGGUCUGGGCCGCUACGCUACAUUUAAAAACUUCGGCAUGGCGUUCCUGCUGCUCUUCAGAGUUUCCACCGGAGACAACUGGAAUGGAAUAAUGAAGGACACGUUGAGAGACUGCGCCCAGGACACCAACACCUGCUACAACACUGUGGUCUCUCCACUCUAUUUCGUCUCCUUUGUCUUGACUGCUCAGUUCGUCCUGGUCAACGUCGUCAUUGCCGUCCUGAUGAAGCACCUGGAGGAGAGCAACAAGGAAGCCAAAGAGGGAGCCCUGCCUGAGGCAGAUUUGGAGCUGGAGCUCCAGACAGACGGAGGAGACCUGGCAACAAGGUCCCCCCAGCUGAACCCUCUGGCACUGGGCAUGGACAAGUCGAGCUCUUGUGGUUCGCCCCGGAGGUUCCCCGGAGCAGGGGACAGGGACCAGGAGCGGGACGGACCGAUGGACUCGCCCACUGCUGACAUAACCAGAGAUUCAGUCAACAACAGUUCAGACCCCCCUUCAUGUGUUGAUCCCCCACUGGAGCGGAGAGUGCCGUUUGACUCGGUCUCCCUGGUCAUCCAGGGUUCAAUGGAGGGAGAGUUGAGUCAGAUGGACAACCUGUCCGGCUCUAUCUGCCACUACUACGCGUUGCCCCCCAAUCCCAGCAAGCACAGCACCGACAAAAAGAUCCCUCUAGCGGAGAUGGAAGCUCUGUCUCUGGGCUCGGAAAAAUCAUGGUCGCUAUCUCUGACAGACGACUCGGCCCCUGACGAUUUUAGCCCCCUCUUUCUAACCAGUCUGGACUGCAAUGCGGAGCAGCUCGAUCCUGGGGAGCCACUGGGGGAUAACCUGCUGAGCGUCAGGAAGCCCACAGUGGGACGCACACACUCCCUGCCCAAUGACAGCUACAUGUUCGCCCCCCAGCAGCCAUCUGACCACACAGCCCCGGCUCCAGCACAGCUCCUAGCACAGGGGCCCCAGCACAUACAGGGUACCCAUAGGUCCCAAUCAGGCUCCAGGGCCUCGCUGCGGUCACAGCCGGAGGACUUCUCCCAGCAGCUGACCGUUCCCACAGACCUCUUCAGACCCAUCAGCCCCCACAGCCACUCAGACUCAGAGAGUAUACCACGCCUACCCCCUCCCAGGCACACGCACACACUCAGCCGCACGCUCCGCAGACAGGUUGCGGUGUCUACCGACUCUCAGGAGGCCCUGUGCUCGGGCGGAGGGGGGAGCAAUGAAGGACUUGUGAAUGUGGCCUCUGUGGGCCUCUCUACGUCUCCCUCCUCCUCCCACUCCCCCACCUGUCCCUCCCCCUGCUCCCAUCACCCGCAGCAGCAGCAGCAGCAGCAGUCGGCUCUCUGCCUGGUUCCUGCCACGCCAGGCACCUCCCCCAAACCCCAAAGCUCCGGCAGCGUGCACACCCAGCACCAUGACCAGCACUGCCUCGCCUCUUACUCCCCUUCCUCCGUUUCCUCCUUCUCGCCUCCUCCACUUCUACCAGUGGGGCCGCACCAACAGGAGGCCUCAGUGGAUCAGGAAGUGUCCCUCAUCACCUGCGCUGCGUUGGCUGGCAGGGAUGAUGUAACAGCGGAGGACAGCGGCGAUGGUCUUGAGGGUUACAGCUCCUACGCAGGCUGCCAGGAGGGUCGAAGUCCGUGUCUGAGGCAGCUGAAAAGGUUCCACAGCGCUGACACGCAGGGCCGCAGCACCUUCCUGUCCCACCCCCGCCCCUUCUCCUGGCUUGACGACCCUCGCCGCCACUCUGUGGAGGUGUGCUCCUCGGUGGAGUCCAGUCCCCAGCGCAGCACCACCUCCACCUCCUCCGGGUUUGUGUCGCGGGCCAACAGCCUGCAGAUCCACAGCCAGACCCCCACUCAGACCUCGCAACCCUCACCUCGACGCAAGAAGAAAAUGAGCCCGCCCUGCAUCUCCGUAGACCCCCCUGACGGACUGGAGCCCCAGUCUGGCCACUACCCGGGCCUUGGUGGGCUCGGGGGGCUAGGGAUGCCCCCUCCUCUGCCCAGCCGGGACACCUGCCUGAGGAGGAGAGCGCCCUCCAGUGACUCCAAGGACUCCUUUGACCUGGGAGUUGGAGAGGGCUCGGGACAGGACGGAGGCUCGCCAAAACCCAGCCCCAACCCCAAGCUAUUGACUCUUCCCAGUUUCUCCUUCGAGAAGACGAGCUCGGAGCACUGAACAGUCCGACACACACAGACACACACACACACAAACAUAGCUGGAGGAACCCUCCACACACACACACAAACACACGAUGCACUGUGUGUCUGUGACGGUGAUAGUUCUAGUAAUAAUGCUGUAGAGAGUAAUAAUGGUGAAACUACAACAAACAGUCAGAAGAUCCUUGGUUACAUAAGGAGUACAUAAGUACUGUAGUAGUGUGACCAUCCCUUGUCUUUGUAUUGUUACUGCCAAAACAAGCAAGAGAAGAAGAGAACUCAUGAAACGACAAACUGGACUUCCCCUCUCUUCUGCUACGCCUGCAUGCCACUGGCUGCAGCUCGACCCCAUAACCUCUGGAGCGACAUCAGCGCUGGGGAUUCGGCGCCCCCUUGUGGUCUCCGUCUUGACUGCCUGGUGUUGUACAGUGUGGACUUUGGUCGGUGGAGGUACAAAGCAAUAUGAACGUUUUAGAGACACUAUUUUCUUAAAUUAUUGGGCCAUAGUGUUUGUACAGGAUGUCGUUUUUUCAUUUCAUUUCGAUUGUUAUUUUAAUGUUUUUGUGAUGUUCUUUUUUUGUGUGUGUUAAAAAUGGUUUGUCUAUGUCUUUUUUUUCUCACUGUGGGAUAUUUCUAGCUUUCUUGGUUUACUGAGGAAAGUGAACGUUUUUCAAAGUGCUGAAAACCAUGUAUUUGUAGGAAUAAUAUAUAAAUAUAUAUAUAAAAAAAGGAGUCAUUAAACUGAGCUUGGAUUUUUAAGCACA